ACACCUUAUGACCCUCAAUCGAAGGAAAAUGCUGUUCUUCGAGGGAUAGGUCCAGUUGCUAAUCAUCAUCAUCAUGAUCACUCAAAACCAAAUAUAUUUUUCUCAGAAGAAGGAUUGAGGCGCGGCGCAAAAUUGGAUGUGGAGUUACCUAAAAGAAAAUUUGUAACCCCGUUGUUGCCCCGCGAAAUUACAGAACACUUACCAUUCUCAUCAGAAAAGAUAAAUGAAAUAUUAAAGAUUUUGGCUGUGAAGCCAGAUUCUAAGAAUGCUGAGAAUGUGGAGGAAACUCUGAAGAUCUGUGAAGAGCCUGCAAUGAAUGGUGAAGAAAAACAUUGUGCAACUUCAGUAGAAUCCAUGGUAGACUUUGUCACUUCUAAACUUGGCAAUAACGCCCAUGUUACUUCUACAGAAAUUGAAAGCAAGUCCCAAAAGUUCAUAGUUAAAGAUGGAGUGAAGAUUUUAGCAGAAGAAGAGAUAAUUGCAUGUCACCCAAUGAAUUACCCAUAUGUUGUGUUUUACUGCCAUAAGAUAUCAAAUAGCACUGCACAUUUUAUGCCAUUGGAGGGAGAAGAUGGAAGUAGGGUUAAAGCUGUAGCAGUGUGCCACAAAGACACAUCAAAAUGGGAUCCAAACUAUAUUGCAUUCCAAAUUCUCAAAGUCAAGCCUGGGACCAGUCCUGUGUGUCAUUUGUUCCCUGACGGUCAUCUUAUUUGGUUUGCUAAAUCGGGUUAACUAAACCUAUCAUGCCAGGAAUACUAUCCUUAAAUUAAAUAAGGCAUUUCUGGAUU